CUUAACCAGCAUCAUCCAAACAAGAAAGAAAUCCAAAUCAACAACUUUCUUAAAGAAGUAAUACUAGUUUUAAUAUAUAUUCUAGCCGGCCUAUUGAUUGAUCAUAUCAAUGGGUUUUUCUGAUAAUGGCAAACUGGGGCAUGAUGAUGAGUAUCCAUAUGAAGACCAUAUGCGAAGCCAACCGGCGUUCAUGGUUGAUGGUGGGCAAAGGAAAAGCUCCAUGAUGACUACCUAUCCUAACGCCGAGGGCUUAAACAACUAUGUAGUGAAGACCCAAAGGGUUGUUGAGGUUGUGAGGCCUGUGGUCACUCGUCGAGUUCUUAUCAAUGGUAAGCCCGUGAGGGAGGAAAGAAUUGUUGGUGCUUAUGAAGAUGGUAAUGGCGGCCUCAAGGAGAAUCUUGAUAGACUUGGGAAAGUUAAAGAUUUCUUCAACCAAGUUCAGAUGGAGGCCAGCAUGCAGCCAGGUGCUCCAAUUCUUAGCCGUCCAGUUGGUCACAAUUUGGGAGCCAACCCUAAUUGGCAUAGCCAAAAUGGUGCCAAUUGGGGUAGUAGGGGUUCUUGGAUGAGCCAUGAUGAGUCUCCUCCUAGGCACAACAACAAUGGGCAUUUUGAUCGUCCCAAUUGGGGUAGCAGGGCUUCUUGGAUGAGCCGUGAUGAGUCUCCCCCAAGUCACAACGGUCGACCUUUUGAGCCAAAUCGUCCUAAUGGAGGUACUAGGUCUACUUACACAACCUAUGAUGAUUCCCCUCCUAGAUACCAUCAACCUAAUGAGGUGAGUCGUCGGAGUUUGGAUACUAAGCCUAAUUGGUCUAGUCGAAGUGAGUCUCCCCCUCCGCCUGGAAUUAUGACGCGAUCUAGGUUGGUUAGCUAUCCCAACUCUGGUACUAGACCCAAGUGGCCAAGUAGUCGAGAUGACUCUCCACCUAGACUUAUGGCUCAUCCAAACUCAGGUGCUAGGCCAAAUUGGCCAAUUCGAAAUGAUUCUCCACCCAGAGCUAUGGAGUAUUAUGAGUCUCACCCCAACUCUAAUACUAGACCUAAUUGGGGAAAAGCUCGAGAUGAUUCUCCACCCAAGCCAAUUGUGAAUCAUUUGAUGCCUCGUAAGAACCCAGGUGCCAAUAAGCCUAAUUGGUCUAGUAAGCGAGAUCACUCUCCACCUAGAUCCAUGAUGCCUCCAGAAUUAAACCAUCCAAAUUUAGGUACUAGGCCGAAUUGGACUAUUCAAAAUGAAUCUCCACCUAGAACCUUUGAGUAUUAUGAGUCAUCCCACCCCAAGUCUAAUCUUAGGCCUAAUUGGACAAAAGCUCGAGAUGAUUCUCCACCCAGAUCAAUAGUGCAUCAACCGAUGGCUCAUCCAAACUCAGAUACUACUAAGCCUAAUUGGCCUAGCAAUCAUGAUUACUCUCCACCUAAAUAUGUAGAGAAGGGGAAGGACCAGAGAAAUACUAGCCCACUGCACAACAAGCUUGAGAAAGUGACCAUUCAUGACAGUAGAGGAUCAAGCCCAAUCCCAAACAAAAUGAAUGCUGACAAUGCAAGGUCUGCAGGUUCCAAUAAGGAGAGUACACAGCAAGUUAGGGAGUCUGAUCAGAGGCCUAAUUGGCCUAACAGGAAAGCCCAAGAUGGCAAAGAAGAACAUGAGAAGCCUAAAUCCAAUGAUGGAGGGCACAUCAAGAAAGGCAAUGAAGAGGAGUUUCAUGGUUUGGCUAAUCCAAAGAGUGCACCAGUUGAGGCCACAACACGUAUAACCUCGACUCAAGAGGAUUCCUCCAAGAAACCAAGCAAGAAUCAGCAUGAUAAUCUCGACGAUGGCAACUCCAAGAAGAGUAGCAGCAUAACACCAAUCUCAUACACCAAAGGUGCUGGCAACACCAAGGCUGCAGAUUUCAACGGAAGAUGGUACAAACAGCCCGGUUCCACUCUCACCAGCGCCACGAGCAACGUGGACGAUCUGAUGAAAGUCAUCGAGGAAGCUAAAAGAACAGGGGCAUAUCCUACUGCAUCAGAGAAGCCACACUGGAGUGAAAUCACCCCGAUUCCUCCCCAAGGAGUGCGCGUUAGCGGCCCACAAUGGAACGAAAUCACUCCAAAUCCUCCAGUAAUUGACAGUAUGGAAGCAAGGAGGCGAUAUACUACUGGGUAUCCACAGCCAGUUGCAGCAGCACCUAUGGGUAUGGGAUUUUAUGGAGGAGCUCUUAAUAGUGAAGAUGCUGUGAGGAUAUAUGGUGGCACCUUCCUACCUAACUAAUCAGGAAAACUUGCCCACAUCCAAUUGCUGGCAACUGUGGCUGUGUUAUCUCACUUAUCUGCAUAUAGUUUCUAGCUACCAAUAUGACACUAGUUGCAUAUGAAAAUUAAACCAAAAAGUGUGUGUUUAAUCUGUGCUAAGAUGUUUUACUGUUUGAGUACUUGAUCAAAUACUGUGUGAUGCUUGAAUAAAUGUAAUGUAUUUGUUCUCUCAGGGAUAUAACCAUAGAAAAUUGUGUA